ACAAACAUGCCCGCUAAGAACUUAGCGAUUGUGUGGGCUCCCAACCUCUUCAGAUCCCAGCAGAACGAGUCUGCCUGCGCCAGCGGACGAGCUGCCUGCAUGGAACUGCAGAGGCAGUCGGAUGUGGUAGAGUUCAUCAUCAGCCACACAGACGUCCUCUUCUGCUCCACAUCCACAUCAGGCAUCGGAGAUGGAGCAGGGCACAGUUCUCCAUCAGGGCCCAAGUCUGUGCGGGUGUCUUCUCCCGCCACCAGGCUGCUCAGCCUGGAGGAGGCAUGGGCACAGAGGCGAGGCCACAGCAGCUCUCCCAUUGUGACAGAUAGCAGGGACGUGGAAAUGGAAGAAGGCCCUGCAGCUGCCCGGGGGAAAUUCUACACAGUCAUCCACUUCCCAUCUGAAAGAACAAGUCCACCCAGCAGGAUGAAGGAACCAGCAGCUGGCUGUUGGUGUUCCUGCUUCAGGCCAAGAAAACCGUCCUCUGUGGCCAAACGCCAACUGCAGCGCAGUGCCAGGGUGCCCUCAGAAACAGAGGUGGUGGUCCUGGCAGGUAAGGGUGCACAUCCAGCUUUCAAAACACUGCUUGUCAGCGCCAUCGAAUUCAUGCUUUCAGUAGGCUUGUUCCUCCUUCUAUCGUUCAAGCCCGUGCCUAACAUCUUCAGUUCAGCCCUGUCUUUCUUCCCAAAUGAGUCUCUGGUGAAGUCAUGAUCUGGACCUGCUGGAGGACACCCCUCUCGUGCCUUUCUCCUGCUGAGUAGUUUUUGAAAGAGACAGGAGAUCUGCCCCACUGCAAUAUGUCUCAGAAUGAUUCCUUCUGACAUGUAUUACAGAAGGAAGAGUACCUUGGUGGCUCCAUGUUGCCUUUGUAUCAGCAGGCACACAUUUAAACUGUGUAACACUGCAACAGGGUGAAGGUUUUCUUCAAGGGCUUUGGAGUCCAAACAGAAGAGAAAGAAAAACAACAAAAGCACAACACUUCCUUUCAAGACAGUGAUCCUACUGUUGCUAUUGUCCUAUUUGCUUUGUCCUGCUGCCACUACAUAACCAAAUCUCAAGAACCACUCUCAUAAUUCAGCUUGUGAAAGUUUGCCGCUAACUCCUGUGUAUCUACUUCUUCCUAGGUGAAUCGAGCCCAAAGAGGCAGAGCAUGUAGCAACGAUGCACUGUGUGCUUCCAUCAAUGGUGAGCUGCUAGGAAGCACAAAUCGCUGCAGCUCG